GGGUGGCCUGUACCCACUCAUUGGCACCAGGGGUGGCCUGUACCCGCUCAUUGGCACCAGGGGUGGCCUGUACCCACUCCUUGGCACCAGGGGUGGCCUGUACCCGCUCAUUGGCACCGAGGGUGGCCUGUACCCGCUCCUUGGCACCAGGGGUGGCCUGUACCCGCUCAUUGGCACCGAGGGUGGCCUGUACCCGCUCCUUGGCACCAGGGGUGGCCUGUACCCGCUCAUUGGCAUGAGGGUGGCCUUGGAGUCAGACACUCUCCUUGUGAGAGAAACAGCGCCUGGUUCCUUCUCUCCUCCAGGGAGCCUGGCAGAGAGCACCUGCUACCUAAUCACGGUCACCCCGGUGUACAGCGACGGGCCGGGGAGCCCGGAGGCCGUGAGGGCGUACCUCAAGCAAGCCCCGCCUUCCAAGGGCCCUAUCGUGCGGACGAAGAAGGUGGGGAAGAACGAAGCCGUCCUGGAGUGGGAGCAGCUCCCUGUCGACGUGCAGAACGGCUUCAUCAGGAACUACACCAUCUUCUAUAAAACCAGCCUGGGAAACGAGACCGCCGUGAACGUGGACUCCUCCCACACGGAGUACACGCUGUCCUCGCUGACGAGCGACACGCUCUACAUGGUGCGCAUGGCGGCCUACACGGACGAGGGCGGCAAGGACGGCCCCGAGUUCACCUUCACCACCCCCAAGUUCGCCCAGGGCGAGAUCGAGGCCAUCGUGGUGCCUGUGUGCCUGGCGUUCCUGCUGCUCACGCUGCUGGGCGUGCUGCUCUGCUUCAACAAGCGGGACCUGAUUAAGAAGCACAUCUGGCCCAACGUCCCCGACCCGUCCAAGAGCCACAUCGCUCAGUGGUCGCCGCACACGCCGCCCCGGCAUAACUUCAACUCAAAAGACCAGAUGUUCUCGGACGGCGCGCUCACGGACCUGAGCGUGGUGGAGAUCGAGGCGAGCGACAAGAAGCCGCUCCCGGAGGAGCUCAAGGCCCUGGACCUGUUCCGGAAGGAGAAGCUGAGCACGGGCGGCCACAGCAGCGGCAUCGGCGGCUCCUCGUGCAUGUCCUCGCGGCAGAGCCUGUCCAGCGGCGACGAGGCCGAGGCGGCGUCCGCGCAGAGCGCCGUGCAGUACUCCACCGUGGUGCACAGUGGCUACCGCCACCAGGUGCCCUCCGUGCAGGUCUUCUCGCGCUCUGAGUCCACGCAGCCCCUGCUCGACUGCGAGGAGCGGCCCGACGAGCUGCCGCCGGGGGACGGCACGGACCCGCUGCCCCGACAGCAGUACUUCCAGCAGAGCUGCAGCCAGCCCGAGGCGGGCCCCCACGGCCCAGCAGGACGGCCGCAGCCGGGCGCCCCGGCCGGCGAGGACCCUGUUGGACCCGUGCAGCCGGGGUCUGGGCAGCUGCAGGCGUUCCAGGAGGUCCCUGCGGCAGACGCCUUGGGUCCAGGGGCCCAGGGGCCAGAGAGGUUGGAGAUGGGUGGGGUGGAGGCCGCGCUCGACCUUGACGAGGGGCUGCCGAAGAGCUACCUCCCGCAGACGGUGCGGCCCGGCGGCUACGUGCCCCAGUGAGGCGCCCACAGGCCGCGGACAUGGCCAGUCUGGGCCUCAGAUCCACGGAGUCCCACUCACUGAGGUGACAACGCGCCUUGUGGACAAGCGUGUCCUGUCCUCCGUUCCAGACCCUGAUCCACUCACACACUACACGCCGGCCCCCCGUGGGGCUGCCACGGCCUCGGUGCCCGAGGAGCAGGCUCAGGGCGCCAGGACCCUCUGCCAGGGCGCCAGGGGCGGUGACACGCACCGCUGUGCUGAGGGCUGGGGGUGACGGUCAGGCGCGGUCCCACCCUCCCCGCGGCCCCAGAGCUCGCCCAGCGGCACAGCUGGACGGCCUUUGUGCUCUGACCCGGAACCGGCUCCCGUGCGAUCACAGCACAGACUCGCCCCCGGGACUGAUGCUGCCGCAGCCACAGGAGGGGGUUCUGGAGUUCAACUUGCAAAUUGAAAAUAGGUUUUGAACCUUCUGUCAUCAGUCGCCUGAUGAGUUUUUAGAACGUUCCUGUCCCUGCUCACAGCCUCCUGCAGCGUCUCAGACUCGGCCGUGCCCAGAGGGACGGGCCCGGCUGUCUGCGCCCACGCCGCCCGCAGCCACGUGCCAGCCUCCCGCGUGAACGUGUUGCCCUUGCGGGUCUCGGGCUCAGGCGGUGCCCUCGGCCCCGAGGACGGGACGGGGAGAGGCUGCGGUCCCGUCACCACAGAGCGGAGCCCCCUGGGGGCUGGCAGGGGAGGGGGCACGGGGGGGGGGGGGGCACGUGCUCUUUGCUGCUUCACACACCACCAGAGAGGAGGAGACUCGGUCCUGACGGUGAGAGCAGCCGCCUCGACGGGAGGCCGUCUGAAGGUCACCUCUAAGGUGGAGCAGUAAACGUCUAAGGCAUGUUUGGGGGUAAACGCCAACGGGCCCCAGUUUAAAACGUUGCUAAUAAGUGCCAGCCCCCUCUCGGGAGCUGUAGCUUUGCUGGGAGGGUCUUGCCUGGAUAGUGAGGACGAUCGGGGGGCGUGAUGAGAUGCAGGAAGAAGGUCUGCAGUCCUCCGUCGUCCUCUCUCCGGGUCUCAGAACCAGCUCCCAGACCGUGCACUUCCGUCCAGUGGACGAGGCGACGGCCGCAGUGCCAGGCAGUGAGCUUCCCGAGCGGAGGCCCCUGUGACGACUGCCGGGCGCUUCUGGGGGUCAUGUUCGUCCUGUUGCCCAGGCGAGGUCACUUCGAAAAGGUUUUUGCACUUUUCUGUGAAUCGAGAAGAUGGAGCCACUAAACGGCAAGGUAUCCAGAGAGAGCCCAAAGCAGGAUGGUCCCAGUUCCCACGACGCCGUGAGCCAGCGGACCCGGGCCUGGCCCUCCCGCUGGUCCCGGCAGCCUCUCCCCGGACCGUGGGCAGAGUGCAGGCGGACGUCAGCAGGGUCUGGGCCACAUGUGGCAUCUUUUGGAUUCAUUAUUUUUCAUGUGUUUUUCAUGUGCUACUGGUGUGUGCGUUGGCGGGUGGCCUCGUGCUGCGUGAAAAGCACUUGAGGCCACAGGGUGCCCGUCUCUGUCCCUUAAGCCCAGCCGUGGUGAGUGAGGACUCCACGCGUCCAGGGCUGACCACCAACACCCUGGGUGUCACAGAUAAGGGGGCGUGUUAAGGUCAGUGUCUAAGUCCUUCGGUCUCAACACGCGUGUGUGAACAGUGGGCGUGGUGUGCCUGGGCCGUGUGCUGUGUCCCCUGCACCGGCCCCGCCCGCCCAGGACACCCGCUGCCCCCACUGGCUCGUAGCCAGGCCGGUCUGGCGUGUUGUCCGUGUUUUUCCUCUGCAGGAGCUGCAUGUGCUCAUCGUAACCAGCUGUUUUAUGUUGACGUAACUACAUGUAUCCUAAGUGUACUCUCACGUAUCGCCUGUCACCUCCAACGUAGGCAGUAAACCUGUUCACUCUG